AGGUGGGGAAGUACCUGGAUUUACGAGGAAGGCGAUGCUGUUCCGCAGGGAUUUCCACCCAAGACAGGCGUGCGGGGCCUCCUGUGGGCUCUCGCCCCUUCGACCGCCAGGGAACGCCAGGAGACAAGACAGUAUGUGCAGGUGUGCUGCAAGCAUUUCGAAGUCAGGAUGGACUGCAGUUGGCAGUGGCCCAGAAAAGCAUCUCUCUUGGACCAGAGAGGGCUAUUCAAAUCCUAGGCCUGUAGCUUACAAGCCCUGUGAUCUAAGGCAUGUUACUUCACCUCUCUGAGCCUCAGUGUCCCAGUUUUUAAAAUGGAAGUCCCCAAAAGUAAACUCCUGGUCAACCAGGGCCCACCAGAAGAGGGCUUCAGCCAAGCUUUUUUUGGCCAAAGUUCUGGGUAGGCGUGGACCACAUCGGGGUGAAUUCCUGGGGCAGAGUGGCAAAGAUUGCAACCAGUGAGUGAGUCAGUCACAUCCUGACCCUCAGGAAAGGGAGGUAGGUCUCGGAGAAGACCUGAGGAGAGUGCUCAGCACAAGCUUUCCUCCAGGAGAGCACUGAAGGUGCAGAGCUCAUGGGUGGCUACUAAAUGUUUAGUAUGCUGCUUCAAAGCUGGGCCAUGGUGCAAGUAUGGAACCCCAACUACUCAGGAGGCUGAAGCAGGAGGAUCACAAGUUCAAGGCCAGCCUGGGCAAUUUUUCUGAGACCCCGUCUCAACAACUACAAAAGGCUAAGGCUGUUGCUUAAUAGUAGAGUGCCUACUUAGCAUGCCCAAAACCCUGAGUCUAUUCCCCAGUGCCAGAAAAAUACAAAACAAACAAACAACAAGAAAAACUUCUUUAGAAUUGGCACUUCAGGCAGUUUGGGAUUUCUAAUGCAAUGGGAUUCACCCCUUACUUUUGAGAGGGAAAAAACAGACCCAGUUUGGUCUACAUCAUGGUAUCCAGGCCAAAACAUGGCAGAAUUUGGUCUCUUGCUGGGGAAGAGGCUGCAGACCAGGAAAUUCCUCUUUUCGGGCUCCUCCCUGGCACCAGACCAAUAGAGUAUGCGUGAUGUCCACCCCAUGCCCCAGGCCACACAAGUUGCUGUGCCGUCUACAUUCUUUGCCUCCCUCCAUGGCCCUUCUGCCUUUAUAUUCCAUGCUACUCAGUCACAGCUCUGGAGGGGCCACUACCCCAGCCUGGCACCACAGGGCCCAAGGAAGAGCUGACCAUCAGCUUACCAUUCCCCUCAGGGUCAAAAUGCCACCACGAUAUCGUCAAAUCCAAGAGAGGAUCUUGAAAAGAACAAAUAGGGUUAGCUGUAGAUAUGCAAAAGGAAGAAAAAAUUAAGAGAAGUGAGGCCAAUGAGAAAGACUGAGAGAUGUGGGUGUAAGAGGAAGGCAAUGACUUCAUGGAAAAGAAUGGGCUUCCUCGGUUGAGCAGAUUUCUAUCCUCCUGAUGCCUCUCCCUCUGGUAUGGUAUUUACAAUGAAGACAGUACAUCAAAGUGAACUCUGGGGAAACACUUUGCUGUCCAAGUUGACAUUUCAUAUGUGAUAGAUGCUUUCAUAUGUGACAGAUGCAAAAAACCACAAGGCACUGGGGAUUUACCUCAGAGGUGCUGCCACCUGCCUCGAAAGCACAAGGUCCCGAGUUCAAUCCCCAGUACCAAAAAAAAGAACCACAAGGCAGAAGGGUUCUCAGAAAGUCAGCCAUGAUAUAGCCUUAGAACAUACAUAACUAUAAUUCAGUUUAAAAAAUAAAACAUCAGCUGGGAAUGGGUGCACAUCUGGAAUUCCAGCUACCUGGGAGGCUGAGGCAGGAGGAUCACAAAUUUGAGGCCAGCCUGGGCAACUUAGCAAGAUCCUGUAUCAAAAUAAAUAAAAGGCAGCUGGGGAUACAGCUUGGUGCUAGACCACCCCUGGGUUCCAUUCCUCAUGCCUCAAAAACAAAAUCUGUAUGUACAUGGCCAUGUGGCCUGUAAGCUGCUGUGGGAUGGACCGGGUUGUUGGUGCAAAGACACCCGGUCACAGAGUUGGGCAGCACCGGCACCAGGCCACUCACUGGCACAUUGCCCUCCUUCCUAACCACAGAGGAGCCAUAUUUCCUGACCACUGUAGCUCCCUCCUCCUCUCCUUACCUUUCCAGAGUGUCUGUGUCAGCCCCAAGUGCUCCUGUGCUGGGGACAUCAGCUCUGCUCCACUUGGAGAAGCAAGAGAGAGGAGGAGCCAGGAUGAGGAUGGCCUGCAGGGUUUAUAAAAUCACGAGAAAUGACAUCUAAUUCUGUUUUAGACCAAAAACAGCAGAAGCUGUCCUUGAGGAAGGACUGGGAGAAAAGCUCUGGAGAGAAGGGGUCCCUUGGUCUGAAAAGUGCAUCUUGCAGCUGGGCAGUGUGGGGUCAGGGCACAGAACAUCAUGUGUAACAGACCCCAAGAUCAGGAGAAAUGGAGGCUAGAAGCCAACAACCUUUCCAAGGCCACAUGGUUGGUGAAAGAGGCUGGCCUAAGUUUCCCUGCUCUGGAGCUGUGGCACAUCGCCAUGAGGAGUGGCUCGCUUUACCUCCUGACCCCAGGUAACUAAAUGGCAGCAGUUCCGUUGGCUCUGUGAUUAUGUCCCAAGAUCUGUCUGCUCCCAUCAGCACACCCCUCUCUCAUCUCUGACUUUAUUGAACAUUUCCUGUGAGCCUCUGCCAAAGACCUGCUUUUUCAGUUACUUUGAUUUUCUUCUAAGAAAAGCAAAAUUUAUGGAAAUCAAACUGGUUUUGACACAAGAGCCAUAACAAAGAUUUCCACUCCCAAGUGAACAUAAAUCACCAGUUCUGACACCAUGCCUUUGACUGAAGGGCAGCAGCUGUGAGGGGAACCUACAGGUGUGGCCCCCAAACACCAGCCUGCAGUUCUCACCCCAGUUGGGAGGCCCCUGGGGUGAGCUCAGACCUACAGAGCCAAAACCAGCAUCUCAGGAAUUUUCACUUCUGCUGAGCUUACUCAAUAGCUCUCAGUUUUAGAGUUCCUUUGGUCCAGGUGUUCAUUACAAAAUUAAGAUGAUCAGCUUGAAGUUUCAGUUAAUCUCUGCCAGGGGUAUCAACAUGGUGAGCUGGGGGCCAGAAGGCACAGGAGGGCUCCCUCUGUCCUCAGCAGGAGCAGGGCCUGGUGGUGACACUUGGCAAAGCACUGGGCAGUGCAGGGCUGUGGGUGCUAAGGGAUUCUUGCUGAACGAGUUCUGCAAGUCCUUCGUGGCCAUGUCUGCAGAGAGGACAAAGAGGAGGUGGCUCACCUCACAGUGGCCUGGAAGCAGAGACCAAGAGCAGAGAAGAGAAAGGUUUUGUGUGUGUGUGUGUGUGUGUUGGACCCAGGGGUUUUCCACUGAGCUACAUCUCCAGCUUUUUCUUUUUCUUUUUCACUGUUUCAGACCAGGUCUUGCUAAAUUUCCCAGUCUGGACUCAAACUUGCAAUCCUCCUGCCUCAGCCUCCAGGAGUGCUAGGAUUAUAGACAUGCACCACCAAACUCAGCCAAAGGUCCUCUUUAAGCAGAAAUAUUUUUAAAGCUUUCCCCUUCCUCCCUUAGCCUUCCCUGUUCUCCUCUUCCAACUGCCUCAUUGCAUCUCGUCCCCAAAUAACUGAGAUGCAGCUUUGGACUGGAAAUGUUGCCAUGAGGGCAUCUCAUUUUGCUGGUUGCUCCCCCACAGAGGAGCACUGUGAUUGUCCACAGGCAGUCAUGGUGGGUUUGAAAAAUUAUCCAGUCACUUUCCAGGGAGAAUUUAACCUCACCUACCCACUAUCAUCCAGAGUGCUCUGCCUUGUAGAGGCAGAAAGUUGUCUUCUUUGAAAAUGAGGCCAGGAUUAGGGGAGUGGGUCCUUGGGGAGCUGUAUUCAAGGAGUGUCUGUGGAGGCCUUGCUGGGGACUGUGGGGCUCUCACCUUUAUCCUGGGUCCUAACUGUUCAACUUUGUUGUGGUUAGAGUUUGCAAGGGAAAUAGAUUUAAUACAGGACACAUAAUUUAUAGAAUUAUUUUAUCAUAGUCACCCAAAAAGUCAAAUGCAAGAUAUCUAACCACACACUAAAGACCCAAAGAAUCUAACCAAGGGCCUGGAUCCCAUAGCAGUGUCCCCCACAAGUCCAGCUGAAGCCCUAGAGUCCAAGGUGAUGUCCUGUCUGAGCCCUAGUGCCCUAGACUCCGCGAGUCCAGUGGCCUAGAGCCCACAGCAAUGCCUCGUGCUUGUCUGUAUAGAGGAUCUGCACCCAGAAGGCCCAAAGGUCACUGGUGGAAGCCAGAAAACCUGCUCCAUUAGGGUGAAGGAUUUGUGCCACCAGGCUGAGGGCUCUACAUUGGACCCAGAAAGUGAAGCUCACGUUGAAGAUCAGAGCUCCCCUGAUGAGAAUAGCAGCCAUUCCAGCAAUAGCGAAGCCCUGAGCUCCUCUUCCAACUAGAACAGACACAUUUGCAUCAGGAAAACUGAACACAGCAAGCUUGUCCUAGAAAAACAACAGCCAAUGAUCUUCCCCUCCAGUUCUCUUUUUAUGCCAAUUGGCAACAAUCCUCAGGUGGGUCUUCCAUGCCCAACCAGCUGAUUCAAUUCAGCUGAGCGUUCCAAGUUGCUCAUUAGUUAAUCCACCACAAAUUUCAAAACAAAUUUGCAGCAUCUCUACCCAGCAGGCUCGUCACAGUAUAAGGGGCAUCUCAUGUCAGUGUAAGUGAUGAAAAACAGCACUCAGGGGAGAAGGAUCUCCCACUGUGCCCUAAGCAGGACCCCAGUGGACCAGAGCCAGGUAGCAAAGACGCAGACAGCCAACAGUGCUCAGCAGUGAGACGCAGAGAGUGUAGCCCCAUGGCGGAGCAUUUGUCUCCUGUGUCCAAGUCCUGAGGUCCCAUCCCCAGCACCCCGCUUGGGUGCUGAAUACAAGAUGAUAUCCAAAUACAAGACAAUGCACUGAUGUUAGGUUGUCUUGCAGGAAGACCCAGUAAAACUAAGAUUUCCACUUACAGCAGAGGGAAUCUGCCUUUUUAGAUGUUAAAUAAAACCUUACAUCCUUCACGUAUUGUGAGGGGACAAUGAAAACAACGAAAAAAUGAAAAAGGAAUUUUGGACCCAGAUCUAGAUUGUUCUACCCUUAAAACACUUGAGGCCAAUUACUUGGCUUCUGUUGUCAGCCUGGUAGGGUAAAAACAAUCAGACUACCAGGCCCAGUGGUUCAUGUCUAUAGUCCUAGCUGCUCAGGAGGCUGAGGCAGGAAGAUCACUUGAGCCCAGGAGCUCAAAGCCAGCCAGUUGAAUGGGCAACAUAGCAAGUCCCUGUCUCAGAAACCCACUCACACACAAACAAAUUAAUAAAUAUCAGACCAAACAAAGGGGAGUGAAGCAGAAGUUGUAAAACAUUCAGAUUAGGACAGGUAAUGCUUGUUAGUGUUAGAGCACUAGCCUAGCAUCCUGAGUUCCAUCCCCUGUGCCGCCCCCAAAUCCGGAAAUUGGAAAGCUAUACAAAUUAAAUGUGUUGCUCCUAAAAUGAAUUCAAAGCUUCCUACUGAAUUGUACAAAUCUGUAUAAAACAGGCUUUCUGUGGUUCUCCUCCAUCCAAAAUGUGUUUCAGAUUUAUUUAGAAAUCUAAAACCUAUUUAUUUAAAACCUAUUUAUUUGGAAAUAGGAUUUUCGUGUAUCCUAGUAUGGUCCUCCUAAAACAUCCCCAGGUCCAAACAGUUCCCUUCUUUGUCGGCGCGCGGUUUCCCGCUGCCCCUGAGAGCAGGUGCGCUGGUCUCACAUCCGGAUGCAGAGGUGAUCUGAAGCUCUUCCCGCCUCUGCCUUCGCGGUCUCAGGUGGCUUAAAGCUUCUCGCCGACUUGGUAGCGUUAGUUUCUGGUAUCUUCCACCGCAUAUCGGCCAAUACGACCGACUCAUCCCUUCUCUGAACACAGCUGUGAGGACAGAUUUCAGCGCGCCUCUGGAUUAGCGAGGUCGGAAAUGCAGGGUUCGCCGUGCAUGUCAGACAAGGAUUGCAACACCCGGAGAUUCUGCCUGGCGCCGCGCGAGGAGCAGCCGUUCUGCGCCGCGUGUCGCGGGCUGCGGAGGAGGUGUCAGCGCAGCGCCAUGUGCUGCCCCGGGACGCUGUGCGUGAACGACGUUUGUGCUACCAUGGAAGAUGCAACCCCGGUGCUGGAAAGGAUUGAUGACCCAGAUGGCCUGGAUGCCACAGGAACAACUGAGCAUCCAGUUAAGAACAAACCCAAAGGGAAGCCAAAUAUCAAGAAAUCACAAGGCAGUAAGGGACAAGAAGGAGAAAGCUGUCUUAGAACUUCUGACUGUGGCCCUGCACUUUGCUGUGCUCGUCAUUUCUGGACUAAGAUCUGUAAACCAGUCCUAUCGGAGGGACAGGUCUGCUCCAGGAGAGGCCAUAAAGAUACUGCACAAGCUCCAGAAAUCUUCCAGCGCUGUGACUGUGGUCCUGGUCUGUCAUGUCAAAGUCAGGGCAGUCGGCAACACACACGGUUAAGAGUGUGCCAAAAAAUGUAAAAAGCCAUAAACAUUUCAGAAUAAAGAAGAAUCUUCAUUGUAUUCAAGCAGAAUCUCAGACACUAACUUUAAAGUACUUCCAUACAAAUAUCUCUUAAAAUCAAAUUUUCUAGCAACAGCAAUAGACUUAACUAGAGAAUUAUGAGAUGCUGUAUUGCGAGGAAUGGAAACUAGAUUUGGUUUUUUUGUCUUAUUACUUCACAAAAUGAAUGUGAUUCCAUAAGAAAAAAAUAUUAAUUUUGAACUACUUAUAGUUCAAAUAAAUCUCUUUUAAUAGUUGCAUAAAAUGUACAAGUGUGAUGUUUUGAUAUAUGUAUGGUUAAUUACCACAGUCAAGCUAAUUAACAUAUCCAUCCCCAUAAAUCUUUAAGUCAUUUCUUUUUCUUUUCUUGGUACCAGGGAUUGAACUCAGGACCUUGCACUUGUGAGGCAGGUGCAGUGCAACUGAGCUAAAUCUACAGCCCUUUAAGUAAUUUCUGAUAAAGGGCUAGUACCUGACAGUGUCUUAGUACCUGAUAUUACAAAUAAAUGAACUCUUGUAGCUUACCAAGUUACCAAAAUUAUCUCAACAAAUAUAAAAUUACCUCAACAAACACUAUCUUUUUUUUUUUUCCUUAAAAACUUCAUUGUUUAUUUACUUUCAUUUCUUGGAAGCAAAAUCACAUUUCACUACAAAAUACAAAAUAAUUUGGUUACUGAAGAAAAAGAUUCAAAGGUAAUGUUAAGUUUAGAUAAUCCUUUGUAAGCUACAGAGCAUUUUCACAUACUUUGUUUUCAAUAACUUUACUUACCAGUUGAUAACUUCUUAUAUUUUACAUCUAUAUACUUUAUUUAUUU